AGAAAGUGGGAGCAAUGGCCGUGACACUGUUAGAGGAUUGGUGCAAGGGGAUGGACCUGGACCCCAGGAAGGCCCUGCUGAUCGUGGGGAUCCCUGUGGAGUGUACUGAGGCUGAAAUUAAAGAGACCGUGAAGGCAGGCUUACAGCCCCUGUGCACUUACAGGGUGCUGGGCAGAAUGUUCAGAAGAGAAGACAAUGCUAAGGCAGUCUUGAUCGAAUUCGCUGACACCGUUAAUUAUGCUAUGAUACCUAGUCAGAUACUAGGAAAGGGAGGUGCCUGGGAAGUGGUGGUAAAACCCCGUAACCCAGAUGACGAAUUUAUCAGUAGACUGAACUACUUCCUGAAAGAUGAGGGCUGGAGAAUGGUAGAUGUGGCCAGAACCCUGGGGUAUAGCACUCCCACUGAGAACAUGGAGCCAGAGGGCUUGGCCCAAGUCAAACCACCAGUCUUGCAGCCUCUGAAAGAAAGCAUGUGGUACCGAAAACUGAAAGUGUUUUCGGGAAGCACUUUCCCAGGCCCAGGUGAAGAGAACUUUGAAGACUGGCUGGAACAGGUCACUGAGAUGAUGCAGAUAUGGCAAGUGUCUGAGGUGGAGAAGAGGCGGCGUUUGCUGGAGAGCUUACAUGGCUCUGCCCUGUCAAUCAUGCGAGUGCUCCAGGCCAACAAUGACUCUAUGACUGUGGAGCAGUGCCUGGACGCCCUGAAGGAGAUCUUUGGGAAUAAAGAGGAGUGGAGAACCUCACAGUUUAAGUUCCUCCAGACCUUUCAGAAGUCUGGCGAGAAAAUUUCUGUGUUCUUGCUACGGUUGGAGCCCCUGCUGCAGAGAGCUGUGCAGCACAGCUCCAUGUCGAUGCACAGCACAGACAUGAUCCGCCUGAAACACAUCCUAGCUCGGGCCUCCAUGGCCACCACCCUCCGGGGCAAGCUCGAGCUCCUGGAUCAGCGAGGAUGUCCUCCCACUUUUCUGGAGUUAGUGAAGCUCAUCCGAGAUGAAGAGGAGUGGGAGACUACCAUGGCAGUGACGAACGAGAAGGAGAGGCAAGUAGGAAGGGGCCACAGGGCCUCUGGCAGACAAGUAGUAGUAGAAGCCACUGUCCCCAUGCCUCAGGCCAUUGUGCAGGCAGGGCCGUUUAGUGAGAGCAGCACCCAGACCUUUCCGGAAGGGGCGGUCCCAUCAUUGAAGCGCAGGCGACUGCCGCUGCUGCUACGGUAGUGGACAGGAAGGCCACAG